AUGGCCUUAAUGGAAUUUGUGCUACAUUAUGAAGAACAAUGUGAGAAGAUGCGUUUGGCAGAGACUCAUGAAGAUUUUCGUUGUAAACAUAGAAUGGUGCAACCAAAAAUAAGAGAGAGUGAAAUAUUGGAACAAGCAGCUAGUGUUUAUACAACUAGUAUUUAUUACUUAUUUGAAGAUGAGUUUCUUUCUAGUUUGAAGGUGCAUCUAGAACAACUUGGUAGUCUUAAUAAACUUCACAAUUAUCGUGCGUUUCAGGAGCGUCACAAAGAGUGCCACAUUAUAGAGUACGACUCCUCAAAUUAUAACGUCACGUGCUCUUGUAAAAUGUUUGAGUCCGCGGGAUGGUUGUGUCGGCAUGCACUUAAGGUUCUCAAUUUGUGGAAUAUCACCGAGAUACCAUCUCAAUAUAUUAUUGAUAGAUGGAAGAAAUGUGCAAAAGAUAGAAAUGUUGUUUUUGACCAAGGUGAGUUAUCCACGCAAAAAAAAACAUCACUAACUGUAGAAAGGAACUUCUUACUUCAACAGGCUUAUCGUGCUAUCAAUUACUUGGUUUUGAGUGAUGAAGGAAAAAAUGUGGCAAAAAGCCAUGUGCAAUCAAUGUGGGAUGAAACUCAAAAACUAAUGGAGGCUUGCAAUCUCUAUAAAAGAAGUGCUGAUUCUAGUUGUGAUCAUACCGCGGAAAGUUGUGUACAGUUUAAUGAUAUGUCCAUAUUGGAUCCUUUACGUGUAAGGGAAAAGGGAAUAACCAAUGCACGGUUAAAAAGCCAUAUGGAAAAGAAAAAACGUAAGAAGGCAGGAGCACCAAAAGCACAAACAAGUGUAAAGCAUUCAGUUAGCACCUUUGGUAGCUCAGACACUACAGUUGGCCAUGUUCAUAUGACGAAUGGUCGUUCAUUUGGUACACCAAUGCAUGCUAAUUUUUACAAUCCAAGUCUUUCCCAUGAGGAUGUCAUCUCAAACAACCCCGGUGAUUGUGAAAGAAGCCGACAAAUGCUAAUAUCUCAAGAGUCGUUAAAUCCUGUUGAUUCCCUAAAAGAUGAUGGUUUAAUUGGUACAACUUUGUAG